CAUUUCUUUUAUUAUUCAUCAAAUAUCUUGCUGGGUCCAUUUAAGAUAAGAUAAGAUAAGAUAAGAUAUAACUUUAUUAAUCCCCCGUAGGGGGAAAUUUAGGUCAACAUAGCAGCAUGAAGGAAUAUAAAAGAACAGAACAGAACAGUGACAGCGACAACAGUGACAGUGUUGUCAGUUGACAGUCGCUGUGAUAUAAGCUGUGCAAAAAAAAAUAAAUGCACAUAUUUAUGUGUUUGUGAAUACAAUGUAUUGUCAGCUUUAUGUUCUCACUGUUUUUUUCAGUUAGACUGGAGGGUUUUGUUUAGAGCCAUGUGAAUGUAUGUCCAUAUUUGAUAUACUUGUGCUGAGAAAGUAAUGCUACUUACAGAAAAACAUGUGAGAUGCAUGUCGUCCCUGUUUGUUGGAGAUUUUGCAAAGAGCUCUUGCUGAAAUGUGACCUGGCACAACUGCCAUACUGUCAACCUAGUCUAAGUGUGUCAUUUGCUUAGUCUGUAAAUCUGCUGUAUUUAGUGUCUGCUGAGCUAGAAACAGUUACAGUGUCCAGCAUGAAGUCUUUUUUUCCCAUUUCUUUCAACUGAGGAGAGAAGACAACAUCAUUGCUGUGUAUUUCUGUGUACAGCCCAGACUGUUUGUGUUAAGUCUCCCACAUUACUUGCUUUGUCUACAUCCUGGUCAUUACUGGCACAGUUUUAGUGUUGUGCAUUAGGCUGCACUCAGAAUCAGUGCCAGCUGGAGAACAUCCAUACAGUGAGUCAGAGGCAGGAGUGCCUUUAUCACAUGUAACUAUUAAUGUAUUUAAGUGAUCCAGCAGUAGCUUGUGCUUGAAAAAUGAAGGGCUUAAUAAAAACAAUAAAUCUAUAUAUGGACAUUUUAAUUAAGCCUAUUCCCUGUGCACUCAGUUUCCAAUUUUCUAUGCAAGGAAAUGCAUACAUUAUAUUUAUCAUUGAUUUAAAAAUAAAUAUUGAUGUCAGCAUUGUAAGGUGCACUGUGAAUUCUUGUCUCUUAGCUAUUAUACCAUUUUAGGACUUUAAAAACCCUUUUAGGCCAGGGCUAACACUUAUAUGGCAUCCUGAAUGCUCCAGAUCUCAGGAUAAUUUACUGCCACAGCUGUACAAAAAUGUGGCCGCAUCCAGAGCUUUGUUCACCAGCACAUUCACUCAUGCAAAUUCCUCUCACCAAACCGUUUAAACAGUCGACUAGACAGGAACCAGGCUGUGUAUUUUUAUUUAUUUAUUUCUUAAGUACACGGGUCUGCUUUGAAACAGCACAUCAGAAAACAUCAGAUGUAUGGAACUGACCUUAGGUUAAUUGCCACUAUUCAAACAAUUACUCAAGUGAAGAAGUGGCAAGUGGACUCUCGAUGAGGUCUAAGACAAAGCCAAUGAAGUGCUAUUGUGUAAUUGUUGAGGCUGGUCAAUCAAUUGGCCAAAUGCUACUGUCAGAGUUGUUUUUCCUCAAGGUCACAAGGCCUUUCUGAGAGGACCACAUUAACCAUUUCUUUAUUUAGAAAGAGAAUGUUCCCUAGAAUUGGUUAAGGAAAGAAGGCAAUGGAACAGAGGCAACAGUGAAAUGUAAAUGAGGGAAAAAAAAGUGUUAGAUAUUAAUUUUACAUCAUUCCCAGAACUAUCUGUAAGAAGCUACUAAAUAAUUUUGAGUUGCCCAAGCUAUGUUGAAUUCAAGAUUCUUUCAGUUUAAAACCGAAUUUAUGAUUUAAGCCAUUACAUCGCUAGCUUUAUAAUCCAUGUCUAACAACAUUGAUCUUGCAUAUACACUUCUAAUUAAACCGUGGUCAGUUUAAUUAAUGUAAAAAGUGUUAGCUUAAUAAUUUAGCUCAUUCUAACAGUCUAACGUUUCUCGUUUCAGCAGACACUACUCAUCCCUUCACACCUCCUUUCAGUCAUUUCCUACAGUAUGCUAUUUAGGAUGCCAAAAUGAACAUUUGAAGGUUUUUCAUUCUUUCUGCAGUUAAUAUAUUAAGUAACUAAUCCAGGUCAUUUUACGAACGUGAUUUUAUUUAUUUAUUAUUAUUAUUUUUUUUACAAUUCUCAUAAAUGCUGCUUUUAAAUGUUGCACACCUUAUGAACUCGAUAACACUUUGCACAAGACUUAAAACUAUGUCUCUGUCUGACUUCAUUUUCAAAUCCUAAGAUACCCUCUGGCGUUAAUUAUUUGACCAUUUUUGACGUUGAACUAUGAUAUGUUUUAAGACUGUCUUCACUGCUGCUUCUACAUUGUAAUUUAAAAGUGUCUGAUCUAAGGAUGAAACAUUACUCUGGUCAUGCAAACAAUUAAGCAUUUGUAGUUUGAAAAUAAUAGAUAACAAAGGAAAUUCAACAAAGCAGGUCCAAAACCACUUUAACCUGAUACAGGAAGAUCUCAGACUGUCUUUGGAAUGGUUUGGAUAACUGAACCAUAAUUACUGCCACAGUUAUUUAGAUGAAAAUCUGUUGUGUAUAAACAACAUGAUGCACAAUGAUGAAAAAAGAACAGAACUGUGCACAAAAUUCCUGGUUAAAAUGUAGUCUCUUGCCUGAAGUUUGUAAAGUCUAACUUUUCUCAAAUGCCCUAAAUGUGCAAAGCUGAUAGAUAUACACUAUCAGCCAUAACAUUAAAAGCACCUACCUAAUAUUGUGUAGGUCCCCCUUGUGCCACCAAAACAGCUCUGACCCGUAGAGUCAUGGACUCCACAAGACCUCUGAAAGUGUACUGUGGUAUCUGGCACCAAGAUGUUAGCAGCAGAUCCUUUAACUCCUGUAAGUUGUGAGGUGUGUCCUCCAUGGAUUGGACUUGUUUGUCCAGCACAUCCCACAGAUGCUCGAUUAGAUUGAGAUCUGGGGAAUUUGAAGGCCAAAUCAACUCUGUCAUGCUCUUCAAACUAUUCCUGAACAAUUUUUGUAGUGUGCCAGGGUGCAUUAUCCUGCUGAGGGCCCCCACUGCCAUUAGGGAAUAACUUUGCCAUGAAGGGGUGUAGUUGGUCUGCAACAAUGUUUAGGUAGGUGGUACGUGUCAAAGUAACAUCCACAUGAAUGCCAGGACCCAGGGUUUCUUAGCAGAUCAUUGCCCAGAGUAUCAAUCUUCCUCUGCUGGCUUGCCUUCUUCCCAUAGUGCAUACCGGGAACACCCCAAAAGACCAGCCAUUUUGGAGAUACUCUGAUCCAGUCACCUAGCCAUCAUAAUUUGGUCCUUGUCAAAGUUGCUCAGAUCCUUACACAUUCCCAUUUUUUUCCUGCUUCCAACACAACAACUUUGAGAACUGACUGUUCACUUGCUGCCUAAUAUAUCCCACCUCUUGAUGUCAUUGUAAUGAGACAAUCAAUGUUAUUCACUUCACCUAUCAGUGGAUUUAAUGUUAUGGCUGGUGUAUAUCCCAGAAGACUAUAAUUGUGGUGGCCAGAGGUGGUUCUACCAAGUAUUGACCCACGUUCCCCUCGUAUUGACCCAGGGAGAUGGCCCGGUUAUGCAGUCACCAUGGGACAGCUGUGCCAGUGGUGAGUGUAGGAUUACUACUACUGAUGUGUGCAACAUGGACCGAACCAUACAGGACCCCUUACACUGAGACAGACAGUGAUCAAUAUGACCCCAGAGAUCACCAUCAAAACUCAGACAACAAUCGAGACACCGGCAGGACGACCGAGUGCCGGCGGUGCUGUGACCCAGGAGAGGAGCCUCUCCAAUAUGGCAGCACUUACCCACAAUACCAGGUUGUUCCACAGAUAAACAUCACCAUCCUUAAAGGGGAAAAGGGAGAAGCUGGCCAGCGUGGACCCUAUGGCAAAGUAGGCAAGACAGGGCAGGCAGGCCCAAGAGGACCCAUUGGCUUAAAGGGCUCCAAGGGCAAUAUAGGAACCCCAGGAGAAACCUGUAAAUCCUACUAUUCUGCCUUCUCUGUGGGCCGAAAGAAAGCCCUGCAUAGCAACGACUACUACCAGACGCUUGUGUUUGACACAGAAUUAGUCAACCUGUACGGCCAUUUCAACAUGUUUACAGGCAAAUUCUUUUGCUAUGUGCCAGGAAUUUACUUCUUCAGCCUCAACGCGCACACAUGGAAUCAGAAGGAGACAUACCUGCAUGUGAUGAAAAACGAGCAGGAGAUGGCCAUUCUGUAUGCACAACCCAGUGAUCGCUCUAUCAUGCAGAGCCAGAGCCUGAUGCUGGAGCUGGAGAGAGAUGAUGAGGUGUGGGUUCGACUCUAUAAGGGUGAGAGAGAGAAUGCCAUCUUCAGUGAUGAUUUUGAUACCUACAUCACAUUUAGUGGCUACCUCAUCAAAGCCAAGAGCGAAGGUUAGCAGACCUCAGUGAUGUAUUAGCAGGUGUAAAAUACAUGCCUUUGCAUAGAGCAAUGGAAAUACCAUCUUAUUGCUUAUUUUAUAUGGACAUUUAUAUGGACAUUUAGUAUUUAUAAAAAGUCCUUCUGGAUUUAUUUAAUCUGAGUAUAAAGUAUACAGAGACAGGGUAUUAUUAGGGGUGCUGAGAGCAUAAAGCUGAACCAAGGACCAAAAGAAAGUGUGGCUUAUGACCUCUAUUACUCUACUAUACUCAAAUAUUUAUUUUAUUAAGCUUAGCUAUGAAAGAGAGUAGGGUCAAUGUGGGUUUGUUUCACAGGUUAACACAACACAUGUCUACCUGUCUUUAUUAUGGGUUUGGUGCUUCAUCUUGCACUAGUUGAUGGGAUAUGUUGCAAAUGGUGCUCUGAUUAAGUACGAUGCAGUUCGAUGGUACUGUUGAACAAUCACAUAUUAUCUGGAAUAGGAGUCUAUAAUAAUUGUAUUUUUGUAUUAUUAGUAAUUCCAUUCACAGCAUUUUUACAUUCAAAUAAUAUAAUCAAUGCAAAUACAUGCAGAAAUUUUAGGCAAUAUAAAAAAAGAGAUUUAACUUUAAGGUGAAAUGCUUUAUUUAUGGUUUGUUACUUUAAAAGUUUGUCAAAUCCCUCCUGAAAAUGAAACUUCAUGACAUGAGACAACUCAGAUCUCACGGCACUUUACAGGAAAUACUUAAUAAAACAUGAAGUGGAGGCCUCAGGAGGAGGCAUUUUUAUUGUCAACAGCUGUAAAUGUUCUUCUUUCUUUCACUGACAUUAAUGGAAAGUGAAUCCAUGGGUUACAGGCCAGUUAUUUAAACAUCACUUGAACUUUUCAAAUGACCAAUAUGAUGUAGAUAGCAUAGUUAUCAAAUAAAAAUAAAUAAUAAAAACAGCAGUAAGUGACACUUUUUAUAUAAACUGGUGUUAUAUGUGGGAAUGUCGUUAUUAUUUACACUGGCAUGGGUGGACUAUGAAAUUGGCCAAGUACACUUGACCCAGAGGAAUGUUUCCUGGCUGAGAAGUUUGUAGAUAUAUUGGGGUCCAAAUGCUUCACAUCUGCUUAAAGAUAAAUGACAGCAGUAGCACUUUCAACAGCAAUUCCUUAACCCACUUAGUUGAGAUGCAGACAUUUGCCUUUGAGUUUAACUGCUGUAAGUACAGUACGGUAGCUUUAAUCUUGCGAUUAUCAUUGACAGAUUGAUAACAGUCAUUAAUGACCAUUGUCAGUGUGUGUGUGGCACGCUCACUUUCAGUUUUAUUAUAGUCAUUAAGACAUAUAUUAUGAUAAUGGAUCACAGCUAUGCACAUAACACAUGACGAGUUUAAUAGCAUGUGGGUAAACAAAACCAUGAUGCAGUCCAGAUGUCAAGGUCUUUGAUGCUGAUUCUGGUUUUCACAGGAUAGUAAAAAAAAGAAAAGAAAAGAAAAAACCCCUCAUAUGACACAAAACUGUCUGUAAUUACACUCUUUUUUGUUCCAUCUUGUUUUAACUCUUUUUUUUUUUUUUUUUUUUUUUUUUUUUUUUUUUUUUUAAAUAUUAUGUGCACUAUGGGACCCUCAUUACAAUAAACAGAAAUCAUUUGUCACCCUCUUGUGGUUACUGAAUUGAUGACAACACAUUUUUAAAAAUACUGCUCAGUGUGAGAUUAAAUAGCUUUAUGCUUCACUAGGAUGAUCACUAUGACAAUGAGUUACAGAUGAUCUGGCUGGCUAUUCAUUGUACUCCUUAAUCACAACAACAAUGACACAAUAAACGUGUAUCUUUUUCUUUA